AUGCGCAAGGCGAUCCUGACUCUGCCCCCUCAAGGAAACACCCGAUCAACCAGAAAGACGAUCGACGUGGGUGGGAGAAUUCUUACCUUGGCGCUGUUGCACGACAUCGACAAGUCGAAGGCCGAACGUGCCGAGGCCACCAAGCUCAAGCUGGCCUUGCGCAAGAAACGCGCGGCAAAGCGAAAGGGCAAACGGGGACCCAAGAAGGCCAAGCGCGCGACGGGAGCGACAUCGACGGACUCUUCAGACUACGAGUCUCCACGAUCAGACGAAGACGACAUAGUGGACACGACCUCAAGGCAAACCGACGUUUUAAAGGUGGACAAGGGGGACAAAGACGGGCAAGAUUGCAAGACCCGCUUCGACAAGCUGACAAAGGCGUACAAGAAGCGUAUUUAUGCCACAAUGCUCCGAAGCAGGACGAAUGAAGAAUUUGGCGAAUGCGAGCAACUCUUUGAGGAUUUUUUGUCACAAGUCAACGACUUCGGGGAGAAGAAGAACGUCAUCGAGGAAUCUAGCGUUAUGAUGCGCAAAUUGGAAAUGGAGACGAAGGAUGCCAUCGACGGAAGCGAAUCGGGCACGCCAUUACAGCGAACAAGAGUGGUCGACUUUUUGCAGCACAUUACGACCGCAGUGGAUAACGUCACGGGCGAAGACCCAUGUCUCAAGAUGGUGAUGUCAUUUCUAAAAGACCGGCUCGAACAAGAAGACAUGCGUGAAGUUAAACGCUCGCGUCGGGAAGAUUUGCGUGACCGUAAACAGCAUGAACGAGAUCUUGUCCGUGACAAACAAAUGCAGGAAUUUUUGGUAGCUUUUAGUUAG